GUUUGUUUCGCUGAAAAGAUACCUCAGCUGCACUUUACGACAAAGUCGGCCGUUUACGGCAAAUAACAAUAUGGCGGCGAUGUUGACGUAGCAACGAGCACAAAUUCAAAACAACUUGCUUUACUCUGCUGGGAUAGCUUUUGUUAACAAAAUGGACGUUUUACGCCCUCCUCUUAUUAAUAUAAAUGGAAGAAUAUAUCGAAGGAACGUUGUUCAAGAAGAACAGUAUGAGGAGGAAGAGGAAGAUGUCGCCUACAUGGGAACACCUGUGAGCGAAGAAUUCGAGGCAGAGGAAACAUGUGAUGCUCACUUGAUUGAACAGACUGAGAGAGGAUUCCGAUGUGCCAUCGACGUGCCAACUGUCUUGUACAAAUACAUCAUCGGUAAAAAGGGAGAAACUCGUAAACAGCUUGAGUUGGACACAAAAACGUCGAUUAACAUCCCCAAACAAGGUGUGGAAGGACAGAUAGUCGUCACAGGGCCGCACAAAGCUGCAGUCUCCUCUGCCAUCACGAGAAUCGAAGUCCUCAUUGAAAACUUCCGGAAGAAGCAGCCUUUCACGCACUUCCUGUCGUUCCCCCUCAAUGACCCCAAAGUCCAGAAGGGAUUCUUGAAGUUUAAAGAUGAUGUCUUGGAGCAAUGUUCACAGGACCACGGACUCGAUGAAAGCAUCUUUCAGAACCCGGCAAAGCUUCACCUGACUGUCGGCACACUCACGCUGUUGGAUGACUCGGAAAUUAGGAAAGCAUGCGAGCACCUCCAGAACUGUCAGAACUUUAUCAGGCACAUCACAGGAGGAAAGCCUCUGCCUUUACAGGUGGCAGGCAUCGAGUAUAUGAACGACGACCCCGCCAUGGUGGACGUCUUGUACGCUAAAGUCAACGUGACGGACGGCUCUGACAAGUUGCAGGUGAUUGCGGAUCACCUGGUGGAGUAUUUCGUCUCUGUGGGCCAAAUGACACAAGAAUGGGACAGAGUCAAGCUGCACGCCACUGUGAUCAAUACCCUGUUCAGAAAAGACACCACUGUGGAAGAGGCCAGCGGGUCAGGAAGACAUGGCAAGAAUGAGCGAGAGGCAUUUGAUGCCAGAAAUAUAUUAAAGACAUUUGGAGCUUAUCAUUUCGGAGAGCUGGAUCUGAACACGGUGUCACUGUCGCAGCGAUAUUCAGCCGAUUGCAUGGGCUACUACGCCUCUGCAGAAAGCAUCAGCUUCUCCUGAGGUAUCGUUUGACAGACUCUUCCAAGCCUCGAUAUGGAUUUUUUUUGCCAAUGUUGGGGGACAGCAAAUCUUAUGUUUCCCCUUCUCAUAACCAUCAAGUGGGCUGCCACUGAAUAGAAAUGUGGAAUUCAUGCAAAUAAAAAUCAUGCCAAUAUCAACAUAACCUCCUUGGCAGAGGUAAGUGAAAUCUAACUGUGAUUUGUGAGCUUGAUACAAACUAUUUUGAUCCCUGCUGUUGGCUUCACCUGACGGCCCACUUGGAAUUGUUAUGUGACCCACAUUGAGUCCCAACUUUAGCCUUCAGCUGUCAGCAAUGAGUAGUCUUCAUUAAUAAAUCUCAGCAGGGUAAGUCACACGUCUGCGUUGAGAACGAAGCCCUCUCCGUCAUAAAAAAAAGUUUUUUUAUUAAACAGUUAAAUGUCAAAAAAGGAAUUUAGGACCCAUCAGGAUUCAGUUUCACCGAUUUCAUUUGAUUAAUAAAUAGUGCAAUUACAUCACAACAGGUCGACAAAUCACAAAUGGACACUCAUGUUUAAUGUUUCCUUAGAAACUAGACUCAUUGGAUAUCAUUGGUGACCUCAAUGUUUGUUCACCCAGAGCCAUCUUUAUUGACAAAAUAGAAACACACCAGGAGUUUGUUACUGGCUUUGUCAAAUAAA